AUGGCGGACGCUAUCUCCAUAGAGCAGAACAACAAGAUCCGCGCGGCCCUUGGCCUGAAGCCCUUACCUGUUCCCGGGGCCGACGCUACGAGCCCUUCGUUCAAGGAAUCCAACGACUCACCCGACGAAGAACCGGCGAGCACUAUUGAGACGCGCGAGGCAGCGGCCGCGGAGAACUGGAAAAAACUACAAGAUGAAGCCAACGCGAAGAAGAAGCGCGAAGAGCGGAACGCGGCCAUAAAGCGGGCGCGCGAGUUGGCACAGCGCAACGCGAAGCUCGAAGGGAAGACGCUAGGAGAGAGUGUGGAUGCGGAUAUGGACACAAAAACUUGGUUACUGCAAGCGAAAAAGAAGCAGAAGAAGAUUGAACGAGAACGGGCGCGCAAGCUAGCAGAGGAGCUAGAAGAACGGCAACGUGUGGCGGAGUAUACAGCUUCCGACCUUGCUGGUAUCAAGGUCGGGCAUGAGAUUGACGAUUUCGGGGGAGGAGAGGAGCAUGUUCUCACUCUCAAAGACACAACUAUCGAUGAAAAUGAAGAAGAAGGCGAUGAACUGGAAAAUAUCGGUCUUCGAGAUAAGGAGAAGGCUGCUGAGAGGUUAGAGCUGAAGAAACGAAAACCCGUAUAUGAUCCGACAGAGGAGAAUACUGGAAUACUAGCUCAAUACGACGAAGAGAUUGACGGCAAGAAACGGAAACGUUUUACACUGGACGCCAAGGGAUCUACGGUGGAGGAACAAGAGGCGCGGCAACAGGAAGUUUCUGAGAAGCUCAAAAAGAACGUUAUCAGCCUCGACUUUGAAGCUGAAACUCCUGCCUCUGACUACAUGGACGUGAGCGAGAUCAAGGUAAAAAAGCCUAGAAAAAAGAAGGCGAAGACUACCAAAAAGAGGUCUGCUCUUGACAAUGAUGAGAUUUCUCUACCUACAGAAAAUGUCGAUACGUCGAACGACGCAUCGAUGGAGGUUGACGCCGUCAACGGCGCGCCGGCGCCGGCGCCAGCCCCUCGCAAGACCCUAGAUGAGAACAUUUCAUUUGUGGAUGAUGAUGAUUUGCAAGCUCUUUUGACCCGACAAAGGCGGGCUGCGCUUAAGAAGCGGCAGAAAUCGCGACCAGAAGAUAUUGCAAGACAGCUCAGAGAGGAGGGAUCUCAGACUCCAAUGGAUACCGAGACACCGGAAGAAGAGCCUGGUUUGAUAAUCGACGAGACUUCCGAAUUUGUUUCAAACCUACAGAAGCCCGUUUUGCCAGAGCCUCGACGUCGGACGACCUCGCCGAGUGUGGGCCCCCGCGCCAAAACUGAGGAACUAGACGAUGAAAAGCCUCAGAUUGAAGGAGAUAUUGAUAUGAAUAGAUCUUACAACGACAUCGAGGAUGAGGAAGAUCUUAAAGAGCGUAUCAAGCGCGAAGAAUCACAACCCACAGCGCCCAUUACUGGCACCGGUUUGGAGGAGGAAACUACGUUGUCACAAGGUCUCGGUGCUACGUUGGGCAUGCUGAAGAAACGUGGUCUAGUGAAAUCAACAGACGCUGCGGACUCCAACGCGCUCCUUCGCGAUCGCAACCGUUUCAUCGCGGAGAAGACUCGGCUCGAAACCGAAGCGGAACGGCGUGCUCGCCAACAGCGUGAGCGGGACCGCGCAUCAGGAAAACUCGACCGCAUGUCCGCACGCGAACGAGAAGAGUACGCGCGGCGUGAGAACACUAAGCGUGACCAGGAGGAAGCCCGGCAAUUGGCAGCGAAGUUCAAUGAACAGUACAAGCCCGAUGUUCAGCUGAAGUACAUUGAUGAGUUUGGUCGCCAGAUGAACCAGAAGGAGGCCUUCAAGCACCUGAGUCAUCAGUUCCAUGGAAAGGGAAGCGGCAAGAUGAAGACCGAGAAGAGGUUGAAAAAGAUCGAAGAGGAGAAGAAGCGCGAGGCUAUGAGUGCGCUUGACAGCAGUCAACAUACUGGUAUGAACAACGCCGUUGGGGCAACUGCACGGCAGAAGGGUCAAGCUGGAGUUCGUUUGGGCUAA